AUGUUCCAUCACCUGCUCACCAUACACUAUGGCACAAGAGCUCGUGUUGGGCUAUUCAUUCUACUUGCAUCUGCGCUCUCCUUGGCCGUUUGGGCACAUAUCAAAACUGGCGACUCGGCACUACACCAGAUUGUCUUCGGCAGUAUGAUUGUGACCGUUGGCUUGCGCAUGUUUAAGCUCUUAAAAACAAUGAUUUCAGAUCAAAAUAUGCGUUCGAAGCUGCAACAAUUGGCGACUCGAGGAUACCUUCUACUCGCCGCGGGAUAUGCAUUAUGGCUGAUAGAUGUUUUUGCUUGCCCGUACCUCAGAGCCAUUCGACAGUCCGUUGGCUUGCCUCUAGCCUGGUUAUUUGAACUCCACGGCUGGUGGCAUAUUCUAACAGCCGCGGGAGUAUACGUAUACAUGCUCCUUGGUGAGUACCUUCAGCCGGCACACCGGAACCAGAAAUUGAGCCCGGAUAGCGGCUGGAUAUCGCUACUAAAGGGCCCAUUUGAUCCACAGGAUGAUGACCCGGCCUUUUCCAAUGCAUAUGCAAAGAAAACUAGCUGA